AUGUGGGUGCUGAUAGACAGCGUUAUUCUGGACAGGUGCUCAAAACCCACUAUCGACGUACAAAAUCCAAUCCUUGCACACCAUCCACAUGUCAAUGGCAUCCCUCGCUCCAGUGGUGGUGCUUCCAACUCUUCCUCUCCCUCCUCCAACUCAAUGCCACAGCCCUUACCAAUGAUGCAAACAGGGCAAAACCCACAUGACCCACUUACCCAGUUGAACAGCCAUAUGGGGUUCAGUGCAAUGGCAGGGUUGAAUCUGUUUGAUGAUAUGGGGUUGAAUCUGAAUGACCCGAAUGUGAUGUGUGUUUUUGCCCUCAAUUCCGAUCUUGAUUUAUGCAAAAAUGCAGUACUUCUCAGUCCCCCACAGAAUCCUGCAGGACUGAGAGGAUUCCUGGGGAUUCCUGGGGAUUCCUGA